AUGGCUUUCCACCUGAGAUCGAUAAGUUUGCCUUCUAGGCCUCACAUCAGUGAGACGGAAGUCGAACAAGAGCUGCUGAGCCUGGAGGCAAGCAUCUCUUCCUUCAUUACCAUCGGCACAAUGUGCGAGGGUCUUAUGAGGCUUGGAAACAUCUACAAUGGUGUUGAAGAAAUCAUUGGCCUACCAAGCAACCAAGUAUGCUCUGCCCAGGAGAGGAAGAUGUUGGAUGGAGAAAUGGAAGGUUCUCUCGAGCUACUAGAUCUCUGUAGCACCAUGCAAGAGAUCUUCGUCGAGAUGAAAGCCAUUAUCCAAGAGCUGCAAGUGGCACUAAGAAAAGGAGAUGAAGCAGCUUCUCAAGCCAAGAUCCAGUCUCACAAGAAACUUUUCAAGAAGACGGCAAAGAAGGCUACUUCUGAAGGUUGCAGCAUGGUCAUGCUAUUGACUAAGGCUAGAGAGGUCUCUAUCUCUCUGCUCGAAUCCACAGUCCUCCUCUUGUCAAAGCAAAUUGAAAUGCGCAAACAGUCUCUUAUCUCCAAGGCAUUUCACAAGAUGAAGAAGCCAGUUGUUUGUGAGGAGGAGCAAUUGCAGGAGUUAGAGUGCAGCAUCAGAGAUCUUGAGAACGGAGCAGGACAUCUGUUCAGGAAAUUAGUCCAGAGCAGAGUUUCCCUCCUAAACAUUCUUAGCUCAUACAUACUCCACAUCACUCUUAGUGACCUGUGAUUGGCAUCCGCCUUUUUGAGGAUUAGUCAAUCUUGAUACAGUUUUCUAGUAUGUAUACAGUAUACAGUACAAAUGUACAGAAUAUUAGAGAGAGAAAAGGCAAAGUUUUGAUCUAUUUCAUGUUUAAUGUUCUCUUUAUACUUUCUUUU